CUCCGAACUUGGUUCUGUGGCUCAGACAAGACAUUAAGGAAUGGAGAGAGCUAGAGACUUUUGUUGAACUAGCAGGUACAAAGUCGGCAGAAGAAGAUUAUGAAACUGUGAAAGUGACACAUUUACAUGUGGCUUGUGCUGGAUUCGCACCGUUCCUUUUUGAAAUCAAGGAUAACAUGACAAUUAAAGAUUUCGGAAAACUUUGUUCUACAGUGCUAAUGGCAUUCAGUCGUGACAAGAAUUUAAUACACAAAUGGAAAUCCAGUGCAAAGUGUUUAGAAGAGUUUAAAAUGACAAGAAAUUCUUUGAGCUCACUAGAAGUGUCUUCCUUCUCUCAACUGGACAUGAUCAAUUCGCGUGGUUUGUAUCACGUUGGUUGUAUCGACACAAAAGGUUACCAGUUUCACUCCAAUCUGACAGCAGAAGAUUGCGUUAAGCUGCAGAUUGUAGCGGAAGGGACCGAGACAGCAGGCUCCGGAAAAGAGUAUCGUCUUAAUGAUCUGCUGGAUUUGCAUAGCAAACUGAUGCUGAUAUCAGGACGUAAUAAAAAGACACGAACUGACGAUGUGGAUGCUUUUGUUGAUGUUUUAGAGCAUGUCAUAUCAAUAGCCAACAUCUUUAUCAAGAUGCGAAAGGCUGGUCACGACCGCUACCUAUCCUGGAAUCGCAAAUAUCGUUGCAAAAAUUUUUUGUCUACUGUGGACACACAAGGAGUGGCCAGCAAAGUACAGGAAGGUGAAUUGAAAUCUUUACUUGAUGGUUUGAGGCAUGACUUAGACGAUUUAUCAAGAGACCUCGAUAUCUGGCAGCUGCAAGUGGAAUCAUUUCGUUCUCGUUAUUAUUGCCUUAAUUAUUUUACUACUCCUCAAUUAUUGCUUCUGCGCCAGUAUUUGGGUGAAUUGAAUGUUAGUGGCGAUUGCGACAUGCGUCGUGGAGAAAUGUUGGCACUUCUCGGUGCUGUCACUCCAAAGUGCUCUAUUUAUGAAGUACAAAAUGCCAUAAAGAAAGCUCAGAAUUUUCUUGGCCAACACUGUAGAGGCUUGGGUGACAUUGCUGACCAGUCACUCAGUGAGUCUGACAUCGGGCAUAUCACAGAGAUCGGGUUUUCGCGGGAUUCUGCUAUAGCUGCACUCAAUGCAACCAGUCGGGAUUUAAAUAGGGCGGUUACCUUUCGCAUUGACUAUCUAAGUGGGCAGAUGUCAGCUCAAAUGUUUGACAGAAAUUUUGCUGCAAAUGCUUAUUCUUAUUUGCCGCAAAAGCAACUAGGUUCACAUUAUAGAGAGCAAACGGACAAAUCUGUGUACUUGUCGUUGGAAAUGCUUGGGAAAGUCUUGGAGUAUUUGGCCUCUUCUUCUCCUGAUUGGCCAGAGCGAUCGUUUCCUGCAGAUCAAUUUCGCAGUGGAGAACCUAACCUUGUCAUUAUUCCUCAGAAUGAUAUGUUACGAGGAAUCUUGAGCUUAUAUAUGCGCGAAUUUCGUUUGGUUCUUCCUUCAGCUCAGGAAGUUCUGAUAUGCUCUCCUACCACUAGUGUAGAAGAAAUUUGUUUGUUUUGGAGGAAAGCGUUGCUAGAUCCCAAUCAUCGACGUCUAUUUUGCCUCGCAAGGGCAGAUAGUCUGAGUUACGAAGUCAGUAGGAAGUCUUGGAAGGAGUUUAAUCGGCUGACUCAGAAUUUUCGCAACACUUUGCAUUAUGCUGCCUAUAAGUUUGUUGUCAUUUGUUCAGCUGAAAAUGAAGAUAAAUCAUACAUGGUCGAUGCUCUUGACUCUUACAGAAGAGCCAAUGUUCCUCUCCCGUCGUUGUCAGAAAUUCAGUCUUAUCUUAGAGAUAAGUUCAAUAGAAUGCCUACUAGCCAUCUCGGCUUAGGCGGACAACUCUUUCCUACAGCGUCUUUAGAUCACCAAAACAGUUCAGUAAGGGUAGUAAGGUCAAGUCGAGCAGGUGAUGGUAAAUCGUUUUUCAUAGAUCACAUCGCACACAAGUUGAGCGAUCUUCCUCAAAACCGCUUUGCGAGAACUGGUUUUGGUAACACGUCAAACCAGCUUCUUCACGUCGUGAUUCCGUUGCAUGAUAAGGAAGUGAACACAAACGCGAUAAUGGAAAUUUUGCUGCCGAUGUCUCCUUCCUCUGACGCACCUUUGGCGCGACUCAUUCACGUCGAUGUUUCGCCUUCUGUAGUCAAAGGAUUGGACACUUUUCUUUUUAGCUUGCUGAUACUGGGAGAAAUUUGUGACUCCGAAGGACACGUUUGGAGACGGAGUGAAGACGAUUUGUAUGUUGUAGAGAUAACGUCGACUGUUGCAAUGAUUGAGCAAAAGCGACGCGUAGCUACCGAUGGUCGAGUUAGAAGUUGCAAGCUGCAGACGAAGGUUUUUUUCUGUGAUUGGUUACCAUCUGUUAGUUGCAACUCACCCGAGGAAGCAAAGCGUUUCUUAGCCACUGGAGCAACUCCAAAGGUAGGUGACCCGGAUAUGAACGACGGUGAAUUUCGAAAUUCUAAUGUUCAGAGAGCAUUUCAAUAUCUCGAACGACACAAUAGAAAUGAAAAUCUUGAUCCUUUUAUUUUUCGUCCCUCUAACAUAGAGGGAACUCAUUUAACGUGCUUGCAGACAUUAUUGUCUAAUUGCGGACUCGAUCAUCCAACUUGGAGUCAACUCAAAUAUUUCAUUAACUUUCUCAGCAGUCAACUUCGGGAUUGUGAGAAAAAUGACUUUUGGAAUCCCGAAGCUUGUGGCGACGAUUUACCUGGUUUCAAGCAAUUUGUCAUUAAAUUUAUGAUUCUUAUGUCGAGAGACUUUAUAACACAGUCUUUUGAUGAUCCUCAAGCAUACACUUCAAACGAGGCACAAAUGAUGGUUUUACGUCGACGUUGGGAGCACUCUUCUCAUCCUUUCAUGUUCUUCGGCGAAGACAGACACUCUGUUACGUUUGUAGAAGUGCAGAUUACUCGAGAUGGUCGACUGAUGGAUCCGCGAAAUGGUCAAGUUUUGGACUCCAUCAUGUCAAGGGACUUAUGUACAGCUCUUUACACACAAAAAUUUCAUCUGCAAGAAAACUAUGAUAAUUGGUCAAAAGAUCGUAAACUGGAGACGCUAUGUUCUGUCAUGGGAGUAGAAAAUGUGCAUGACCCGGAUGAGACUUAUGAACUGACAAUGGAUAAUGUGAAGAAGAUAUUAGCUAUACAAAUGCGCUUUCGUUGUGGCAUUCCCGUCAUUAUAAUGGGAGAGACCGGUUGUGGCAAAACGAGAUUGAUUCGUUACAUGUGUUCUCUCCAGUCCAAUUUGACAGAAGCGAGAAACAUGAUAUUAAUGAAAGUUCACGGAGGCGUAACCAGAAGAGACAUAAUUAUGAAAGUGAAAGAAGCCGAAAGUCUUGCUCGUGACAAUAGAAGAGAUUAUCCAAGAUAUAGAAUUCAAACUGUGCUAUUCUUUGACGAGGCCAAUACUACAGAUGCACUGGGACUGAUUAAGGAGUUGAUGUGUGAUAAACGUGUGAAUGGAAGGAAAGUGGAAGGACUGGGAUCAUCUCUUCAGGUCAUUGCUGCUUGUAAUCCUUACAGAAAGCACACGAAAGAAAUGAUUGAGCGUCUAGAGUCGGCUGGUCUCGGCUACCACGUGAGUGCAGACGAAACUGAAGACAUGCUUGGACACGUUCCUGUGCGUCGUUUAGUCUACCGUGUGCAUGACCUACCAGAAAGCAUGAAAGCACUUGUAUGGGACUUUGGACAGCUGAAUCCAGCAAUAGAAAGGCUUUACGUCAAACAGAUUGUCAGUCGUCAUGUGGCCAUCAGACAAUCUAUUCCAAAUGUGCACAAUUUAGUAGAAGUCAUUACGGAAGUGCUGGCAGCCGCACAAAGUUACAUGAGGAAACAAGAUGAUGAGUGCAGUUUCGUUAGUCUUAGAGACGUAGAAAGAGCCAUGAUAGUAAUGGUUUGGUUCUACAAAUUGCGUUUUCAACUGGAGCAUCGCAUGUCAGACAAACACGACCAGUAUCAAGAGCAGUUACCAGCAAACAGACAGCUACCACAACUUGAAUAUCUAACACUCUCAUUUAUCUUAGCCCUAGCAGUUUGUUACCAAGCCAGACUUCGAGAACGACGGCCUUUCCUAGAGUACAUUGCUCCACGUUUUAGAGCUCCGUGCAAUGUCCAAGGUGGAGCCGAACAGAUCGAGAGAGAAAUCACAAACUGUCAGCAAGUAUUUCUCGACGAAUUAGAACUUCCUCCUCAAAUAGCAAGGAACCAUGCUCUCAGUGAGAAUGUCUUUAUGAUGAUUGUUUGCAUCGAUCUUCGUAUUCCUUUGUUUCUGGUUGGAAAACCGGGAAGCUCAAAGUCCCUUGCUAAGGAUGUUGUCAAGAAUUCAAUGAAAGGACAGUUGUCGAGUUCUACUCUAUUUCAAGCUCUCAAACAAUGUCAUAUGGUGUCUUAUCAAUGUAGUCCUCUCUCAACUGCAGACGGUAUAAUUGGAGUAUUUCAACAAUGUCAACGAGCGCAGAAAGAACGCGACAAAGAGAAAUUCGUUUCUUGCGUGGUUCUGGACGAAGUCGGGCUGGCAGAGGAUUCACCGCGUCUUCCUCUUAAGGCGCUGCAUCCACUCUUGGAUGACGGUACUGUAGGAGCAGACGAUGAUGAUGAAACUCUCGGCCUGUCCAAUCGAGUUUCUUUUGUCGGUUUAUCGAACUGGGCAUUAGAUCCUGCAAAAAUGAAUAGAGGUGUACUUGUGAAUAGAGAGGUGCCUGACGACAAUGAGCUGAUAGUAAGUGCCGAAGGAAUAUGCAGCUCCGAUAUUCGCAUUCAAACUCGGCUGUCUCCUUUAUUUCUUGGUCUUGCUAAUGCUUACAAAGAAAUUUAUGAAACACAAAUUCGGGAAAAUCGGGAAUACUUUGGACUUCGAGAUUUCUAUAGUCUCGUUAAAAUGUUGUUUUCUCUAUGUCAGGCGAGCAAGAAAUCUCCUACCUGGAAUGAACUGGAACAUGCAGUGAGAAGAAAUUUCGGUGGUCAGAGUGACGACGAAAUAGUUGACGUUUUUCGUCGUUUUAUCGUAGUUGCUGCUGGCUCGAAUGACGAAGAGCAAUUGGAUAACAGUGCUGUUGGUCUUAUUCAGGCCAAUCUGCAAAAGGUGAGUGUGACUAACCUUGGAGAAAGUCGUUAUCUGUUGUUAUUGACAAAAAAUUAUGCAGCUCUGAACAUUAUUCGUCAGCGAAUUUUGAAUGACGAUGACCCGGUAAUUAUUUUUGGUAGCAGUUUCCUAAGAGACCAAGAAUAUACGCACGUAUGCCGUACCAUCAAUCGCAUCAAAGUGUGUAUGGCAACAGGACGGACAGUUGUUCUUCUCAACUUGAACAAGUUGUAUGAGAGCUUGUAUGAUGCGUUGAAUCAAUAUUACGUGUAUCACGGUGGUCAGAGGUUUGUUGAUCUUGGUCUUGGUAAUCACAGAGUUAAAUGUCAAGUUCACAAGGACUUCAGAUUAAUAUUGGUAGCGGAGCAGAUCGAGGUGUACGAUAAGUUUCCUAUUCCUUUGAUCAACCGAAUGGAGAAGCACUUUCUUGCUAUGGAAUCGGUUUUGUCGCCUGGACAGCAAGUCAUCGUCGAUCGCGUGAAUGAGUGGGCCGAUUUAUUUACAUCGGUUGAUACACAGCAACGCGUUUGGCGUUCUAACAACACAGGAAAGAGGAAGUUUUCGGUAGCCGAUGUUUUUAUUGGUUUCAGCGACGAUACAGCCGCCACGUUGGUGUUACAGUCCUGCAAAAAGCGAAGCAACGCGAACGAGGAAACCGAUGAUGUGUUUGAAUAUGCAACGAGUUGCCUCCUCAACUGCGCAACUCCUGAUGCUGUCGCUCGUUUGCCCGUAUCUCGACUUUCUGCUGAGGCAAGCAGAUUGUGGGAAUUAUACUUUUUUCAACAGCACCAUUCCAGUCUGAUAGAUUACCUUAAAGCCAAGCGUGUAGAAAACGGUACAAAAGACAAUCUCUUGCUUCAGGUUACAACACACUCUCGUCUUCUUUCAGUUGGUCUGACAGAGUUUCGCAAAGCUUUAGGUAUUCAUAUCGAUUUUAUAGCGUUGCAACAGUUUGACAACGAGCAGCAAUUUGUGAAUAGAUUAAAAGAAUUCUAUAAACGUGAGAAGUUUGAGGAAGGCGUUUUAUUGGUGCAGUGUGAAGCUGGUGAUAUGAACAGUGAACUAGUAGCUUGUACUCGAUACUUAGUGCAGGAAGAACGAGAAUUGGCCCUUUCGCACACACAGAAGCAUCUGCCUACACAAAAAUGUUAUCUUCGACAUUUGGUUUUAGUUAUUCAGUUGCCGCGAGUUGUCGGAGAUCUCUUUAAAGGAUUCAAAGGCGGCCUUUGGGACGAAGUUCAUAUUGAUGAAUUACGUCCAGCAUAUCAAACGAUGACUCCUUCUAUUACGUCAUUGGUGAACAAGAAAAUGAGUUGUCUAUUGACGACCAUCUCAGAAUGUCAAAUGUUGUCUUGUGAUGUUCAUUUUGAAUGCGUUGUAUCUGAAGACGUGGGUAAAGGUGAUUUAGCCGAAGCUGUGAAGGAAGCUUCACCCGUUUUAGAUGCAGAGGCAGUUAUAAGAGCUUGCAUUCACUCUGCUGUUAGUCUUUUAGAUGACAUUGACGAAUCAAUAGACAACGCUUCUAGACGAAUUCACAUUCUUUGGCAGCUACUGCCUAGUGAAAGGUGUUUGGAUUUGCCGCCGUGUGAACUAUUUUUUAGACAGCUGAAACGGCAAGUUAUUAGACUUCUUCAAGAGCGACAACGUCACCAGGACUUAUCUGCUGUGACUGGGUGGGUGCGGAACGAAGCGCUUAGUCACAACAGUCUUCAUAGGGGAGGAACCUUUCGUCGUGCAUUGUGGUUGCGCGUAGUCGAUACCGUAACGCCUGUACUUGCCGAAAUUAUUGCUUUUGUCGAUCGCAACCACAACCUGAAGUUGCUGGAAGAAGUGGCAGCUGGAAGCAGGAGUUCGUUGAGCGAUCUUUGGCUUGAUAUCUUUAACAGUUCUCUGAUAAGUGGCCAUGACUACAACUUUUUGUCUCCGGUUCAAAAGGCAGUAAGACAACGAGUUCGUGUUUUGUCAUCGGGACUCAACGAACACUUUUACUCUUCUAAAUUUCCUUUCUCGCACGUCGUCAAGUUGGAAGUAGAUGGCAUGAUGAAAAAGGCCAAAGGAAUUGCAGCUGAACUAGGCGAGAGAAUUGUUACAACUUUGCAGCGUAUUUUCGAUGGCAGCGAACUGGGUGGAGUAGUGGGAAGAAUAUGUCGCCUUAGUAGAAAGUGUGCUGACGAUCUUGGCCGCCGAUAUUUGCACGAUUUUACACACAUGAUUUACAACAUUUCCUCGAAAGGAGAUACGAGGCUUGUCGAAUUAACGAUUAUUUCUGGAUUGAAUGAAAUUACGUCUGAGGAGCUAACCAGUGACGAAGGAGAUAAAGCAGCUAUGGGCUCUAAUCUGACAAUACCGUCAGUUCAUGCUGCAUUUGAACACGUCGAGCCGCGUCUGUCGUGCUUGAGUGACAUUUUUCAUUACUCUCCGGGCAUUUCUGCUCGCAUUCAUCGUCAACUAGAAAGUGAAACCGAAGAUAAAGAAGUAUUUACAGAUGUAAUAGCUGUUCGUUUGCUGUUGGAAGAAUUGUCUCCAACUAAUGUUUUUCAAGAUCCUUCACAGAGAGGCAGUUGGAAAAAGAGAGUACAAGCAAUUAAACCAAUUAUAGAAUCGUGGCUGGCAUUGCCAUUUCAUCGCAAAUUAAGAAAAGCUUUCGACAAGGAGAUCAGAAGUAUUUGGGCACUGUAUUCGGCUGUUAGACUGUUUCUAGAGCAUACCGAAUUAAUAGCUCACAACAAACCAUUCGUGCUUGCCCUGCCAUCAAUCUUAUAUAAGAGUUUGAAGAGCAUUGAAGUUGAUUUUACGAAACCAGAAACAAUUCGUGUUGUCCAUCGAUUCUUGAACGAAUCAAACGACGAUUAUGCGUCACAGUUGUUUGGUCUAGCUAGCGAUGACUACUUGAAGUUCAAACAAUGCAGUACCGCAUUCUUUAUGGAACUGAUUUCCGUGUACACGUUUACUGAAACUACGACUGAACCACCUGAACCGGAGCUGGUGCAUAUGCUGAUGGAGAUGGUCGUGCAGAAAAGGCUGAUCUCGCCAGAAACUGGCACUCGUCCCUUUUCGCCUUUCGACCGUGAUGCUAUCGAUUUACGUCCAGUAGUGAGAUCAUUUAUCUUGCAACUGUUAUUGAAAAACAGCUUAACACUGACGUAUAACUACGUUGAAAUGGUCUUCGCCGAUGCCAGACAAUAUUUGAAGGGAAGUAGUAUUGAAGACUUGGAAGAAUUGGCUGUUAUUUUUGUUCAGUGUAUUGAAGAUUCGCUGUAUCAGAAGUUUUGUGGGUCGACGUCCGAGGAUCGAUGUCGAGCUGCUCUAUCUGAAUUAAAGUCAGCUGCAAGCAAACUGCAAUGUGAACCAUCUUCCUUGAGUUACUUGCAAGGAGUCGCUAGUGCAAGGUUUGGCUUCGCUGUUACCGCUCGCAUUCUGGGAGAUCUUUUGGAUGUUGAAGAAAAUCUUAGAUUGGAACAGCUCGAAAGAAGUACGCCUUCAUCGGUUCUAUUUUCACGUCAAUUUGACGUCAGGGAUACAGAUCUCCUUGAAACUGUGAAAACUGUCUGCGAUGAUGCUUCUGACCAGCAGCUCGCAUUAUAUUUGAUGAAACAGUUGGUGUUGCUGAGAGGGCAAGAUAUUCUGGAAAAUUUACGUGAUAUAUGUCAUUUGGAUUUGGCGUGGUUAGGAGAAAGGUUGCAACAAAAUACUGAUCCUGUUUUGCUCGAUUACUUCGCUGUGCUUGACAGACCUUACAAACUGUUUCGCAAUGCGGUUGCGCAAACUAUAAUUUCUAAGCAAACGACAGAUAUAGACAAGGCAUUGGAGAGCUCUGGUGGUAAUCCAAACUUUACUAUCCCCCUGUUACUGGCAAUCUACAGAGAAGUUACUUGUCGUCGAGCUCUACCAGUUGCUCAACAGAUCUCUUGCCAAACAUUGACAUUGAUUGAGAAAUAUUGCCAACAGCUUUCUGGACUUUCAGAAAGAACACGCAAAUUUGCUGCUUUACUCGUCAACAACUCCCAAGGCAGAUCGUUGCCUCAGUUGCACGUCACAGCGGCAAUGAGUACCGAAAGUCGAAGCCUUGCUAGUCUAGCUGUUCACGUUUGUGUCACAGUGUUAGCUAGUGACGAAUCGAAGCUUCUUAGAUCUCUUCGUCUAAUGCUUAAUGAACCCAAGAUAAUAACGAAUUGGUAUCUCCCUGCAAUGCCGGAUAAUUAUUAUGGGGAGGCUCGACAAUUGGUACAAGGUACACAGUGGUAUGAGUGCAAGAAAGGGCAUCCGUAUCUUGUUGGCGAAUGCGGUGAACCUGAAAGCGCAUUGCUGUGUACUGAUUGUGGAGAACCGAUAGGAAUGAAUACCAAUGACCCACACGCUGUCGAAAAAGCCAGGGAGCAAACGGGCCACGUGCUUGGCCCAGCCAACAGAAGAUCUCAAAACCCAGCACCAGAACGCAGUCUACUUCCUCUAGCGUGUGCGUUGGUGCGCAUGCUUGUGCACGGAGCCUUUGUCUGGGCAUCGUGCAGUGAAGAUGGGGAGGUCGUUGCCGGGCUAGCAGAUGUUGUAAAGCCACCAGUCCAUCAGGAAGAUCUUUCUGAAUUUUUUUGGUCUCAUUUCGAACUUGAUACUCGCCUGUUUGCUAAAGCUAUUGGGCAAUCUGUGGAAGUGGCUGUCAUUGUUUGCCAUAAACUGCUUAAUCGAAUUGCUGAAAAUCCACAAGCUGCACAAGGUAUUACUGGAGACGGACGAUUGACGACAGCGGAGGAGCGUAAUUCGUGGGAGGAAUGCAUUAGUGCAAACUACAUAUUUCCUACAUUUCGGGAUACGCAGCGUCGCAUGAAGUCCUGGAUACAUCAAGUCGUGAAUGAUCAUAAAUACGGAAGUAGCAAAUUGCUUAGGCUUGUACACGAGGUAGAGAAUCCUUCUGGCUCUAAAUCAGCUCCUUCAUUGUGGCGACAUCGUAAACCAGUGAGCAUCGAUCAUCUUUCUCACACUUUACAACAAGUAGCACCCUCAUCUGGCAGCGAAGAUUGUCUUCUGUUGAAAGAGUUUCUCCGACAAGAGCCAAAGUUGAGGGCGGUACAGUAUGUCCCUGAUAUUAUCAAACUGCAGAAGAUGAUGCUGGACAAGUAUGACAGGAAACUUUCGCAACAGGAAGCACUCACCUUUCGUGUAGAAAACUUUCUCAAAUCAAUUGAAGACUGUCAAGAAAGACAGGAAUGUAAGAAUCUGAUAGAAAGUUUCAACAAGGCGUGGCUACUAGUUAGGGAAUUUGUUUUAAGUGAUGGUCGGCUCCGACCAAAGAAGAAAGAGCACGAGCUUGUCUACGUCGACAAAUACACACCCAUCGCCUUUUUGUUGCCAAGAACAGUAAACGAGGGAACGUGCGCCACAAGUUUGGUUGAUUAUCUUGUAAAUUGCACUCACAAUGAAUUUGUUGCGACUUACCGGAGAAUAUCAGGACAAACAGGGGAACCAAAUCGAGUGUCGACUGAUGAUGUGACAUCAGCUCAUCUGGUUGCAUAUGACGUCGAACGCGAUCUAAUGCCUCUCGUUCUUGCUCACUGCGACUACUCUCUUGCUGUUGGUAAAGGAACUGAGAUUUCCUACAACUUGCCCGCUUUGGAGAGGCAAAUCAUCGAUCGAUUCGUCGUCGGAAGGCCACACAUCGAUAUGAAGGCUUAUCGUGUAGCAUACCGCAAGGAAGUUUACAACACGUCAUUGUUUGUGCUCUUAAAUCAGAGAAUUAAUCAGGAAGAACUUUCUGUUUCUGUCCAACGUCAGAUUACUUCUGAUCUCCACGAUUUGACAGACAUCCACAACGCUCUGGCUGUGAUCGAUAUCGUUAUUAACUUCUUAGUGUCACUCAGUUGGUCACCUGAAGAACUUCUCAAUACUUUUAUUCACGACAUUUUGAAGAUGCCAUCAGAGUCAAGUCUAGUAAGCCCCAGGGCACAGCAAUUCUGCCGUGUGAAACACGUGACGUCAUUAUGGCGUUUGUUGACGAUAGAGAAAGGGAGGCGACUGUCGUUAGCGGAACAGGAGCCGUUUGAUAAUGUGCCUCUAAAGUUCCAGCAGAAAAUGAACGAAGAGAUAUGUCAUGGUUUCAUGAAAACGUUGAGGAGGCUAAACAUUAAAGAAUUUGUAUCAGUACUGGCUGAUAUCAUAGUGCUCGAGCUUCAACAGUGGGAAGAGACUCCCGCAAUUGAAGACUACGAGUUGGGCCUCGCUAUGACGGAUUUGCAUGGUUCUCGUCUUAAAGGAUUGGAACACAUCUCAUCUGAAAUUCAACUGCAACACAUCGUACAUUGCUGGAAAUCUGCGGUCAAGCUAGAAAUGGAAUUGUCAAACACUACAUAAACGAUUAUUAGCUGAUGUCGCUUUUGCUAUGAGGGUCGGGAGUGGAGGGUAAUUGAUGACUUUUGGGGAUUGCUUCAAUAAGCUAGAUUUAGCUGUUUGUCGUCGUUGCAUGAUGAAUUCUUCAUUGAAAUUAGGACGCAUUGGUUGUUGCAGGGUUGAUGCAUUACGGCUAAUAUACGGGCAUUGCAA